AUGUUGAGACAAUUCGCCCGUGGAUUUGCAUCCUCAUCCCCUGCUAAAAACUAUGCUUCCACAAUUCCAAACUUGAAGAUCAACAAAGACACCAAGGUUAUCUUCCAAGGUUUCACCGGUAGACAAGGUACUUUCCAUGCCGAGCAAGCCAUUGCUUAUGGUACCGAUGUUGUUGGUGGUAUCAACCCUAAAAAAGCUGGUCAAACACACUUGGACAGACCUGUGUUUGGUACUGUUGCUGAAGCAAUGAAGGAAGCUGGUGCCACGGCCACUGGUAUCUUUGUUCCACCACCACUUGCUGCUGGUGCCAUUGAAGAGGCUAUUGCUGCGGAGAUUCCAUUGGCUGUUGCAAUCACCGAAGGUAUCCCACAAAAAGAUAUGGUUAGAGUUGCUCAGAUCUUGAAGACACAAAGUAAAACCAGAUUGGUAGGUCCAAACUGUCCAGGUAUUAUCUCGCCAGACCAAUGUAAGAUUGGUAUUAUGCCACAGAGUAUCUUCAAGAGAGGUAAGGUUGGUGUUGUUUCCAAAUCAGGAACCUUGACAUACGAAGCUGUUGCACAAACUACACAAGUUGGCUUGGGUCAAUCUUUGGUCAUUGGUAUGGGUGGUGAUCCUUUCCCAGGUACCAACUUUAUCGACUCAUUGACCUUGUUCUUGAACGACCCAGAAACUGAAGGUAUCAUCUUGAUUGGUGAGAUUGGUGGUAGUGCCGAAGAAGAAGCAUCCGAGUUUUUGAAACAACACAACUUGACCAGACCAGAAGGUGCCAAGCCAGUUGUCGGUUUCAUCGCCGGUGUUUCUGCACCUCCAGGUAGAAGAAUGGGUCACGCGGGUGCCAUUGUUGCCGGAGGUAAAGGUGAUGCCAAAUCAAAAAUUGCCGCUUUGGAAGCUGCCGGUGUCGUGGUGGAGAAAUCUCCAGCUAGAUUGGGUAACUCCUUGUUGGCUGAGUUUAAGAACAAGGGUUUAUUGUAA